CUACCUGAGGAAGGCUAUGGCCUUGGCUAUCAUCACCAAUAAGAUUAAAGAGAUCACCACCUGCUCCAUCUGUCAGAACCUGAUGAUGAGCCCAGUGAGCAUCAACUGUGGACACAGCUUCUGCCAGAUGUGCUUGGAACAGUACCUUUACGUACAACCCAGUCAGGGAGAGAAGAUGUUCCCCUGCCCUCAGUGUCAUGCCCCAUUCAAUAAAGACAGCUUCCGGGCCAACAGGCAUUUGGAGAGCAUUACUGAAGUCUUCGAGGAGAUGGACCAUAAUCUGGUGUGUGAGGCUCACGGAGAACAGCUCCAGCUCUUCUGUGAAGAUGACGAACAGCUCAUCUGCUGGCGCUGUGAGCGGGCACUGCAGCACCAAGGGCACACCACGGCAUUGGUGGAGGACGUGUGCCAGGGCUACAAGGAAAAGCUGCAGAAAGCUGUGGCAAAACUGAGUGAACUCUACACAGAAUGUAUGAAUCAGAAAGCAUUCCUGACAUCACAGAUAAAUGAGUGGCAGAAUACAGUAGAGAUUCACAGACAAAAAAUCAAGUCCGAUUUUAGGAAUCUCCACAGUUUUCUACAUGAGGAGGAGGAGAAGUCUUUUCUUUGGAGGCUGGAGAAAGAAGAAGAACAGAUGCUGGCAAAACUAAGGGAGGUUACGACGAUGCUGGAGCAGAAGAGCGAUGAACUUGCGGACCGUAAGGUUGAGCUGGAGGCAAAAUGCCGAGGCUCAGAACAGUAUCUGCUACGGGAUGUGAAAGGCACCUUGAGCAGGACUUGUGCUGUGAAGCUGGAAAUGCCUGAGGCCUUUCCCUUGUCCAUUAAGACUGUGUGUGAUGUUGCUAAGCUUUACAUGGAUGUGAAGAAAAUGUUAAGACGUCAUCAAGUCAUCAUGACUCUAGAUCCAGAUACAGCUCAUCCAGCCCUAAAUCUUUCUCAAGAUCAGAGAUAAGUGUCUCGUGGAUGCAGCCAGCAGAAUCUUGAACUUUCUUCCCGGAGAUUUACCACCUUCCCUUGCGUCCUGGGCUAUGAGGGCUUCACCUCAGGAAAACAUUACUUUGAAGUGGAUGUUGGAGAAGGCAGUGGCUGGGAUGUGGGAGUUUGUAUGGAAAAUGUGCAGAGAGGCCUUGGCAUGAAAAAGACACCUGAGUUUGGAUUCUGGGCCAUCCAGCUUUGCACAGAGAAUGGCUAUGUAGCCCUGACCUCUCCCCUGACUGCCCUUGAGCUGCGUGAGCGUCCCCUGCUGGUGGGGGUUGUUCUCGACUAUGAGGCUGGAGCUGUGUCCUUUUACAACAUGACUGCUGGCUCCCACAUCUUCACCUUCCCCAAGGCGUCCUUCUCUGCCACUCCGCGGCCCUUUUUCCAGGUUUAUCAACAUUCUCCUUUGUUCUUGUCUCCACGAGGUGAGUAAGGAAAAGAGAAAAUCUUGGCUUUAAAAUAUGGGACUCCCAUACGGGCAAAAUUUGGCCAUUUUUCUCCAUUGCUAUUUCUCCAUCCCCUAGAAUAGUGUGGAGUUUUAGGUGGGUAUUUAAUAAAUCUGUACUAAAUCAGUGGAUCGAAAGCCUGUAAAGAUACCACAGACAGUCAGUCUGAUUGAAGGGAAACCAAGAUACUGUGAUGAUUACUUUUUGACCUCUGCACCCUCCUCAGUGCACUUAGCAGUUUGAUUUCCAGGGCUGAUUGGUUGAUGAGUGGAGCGACCCCAAGACACAAGCUCUCCUUUUCCCAUUUUGUUUGAGCCACUUGUGUUCCUCUGUGGGGGAUGAAGGAGACUUCCAAAUGUCUGCUCACUGCAAAAGACAGUAUAGAAAUCAAAAUAGUAGUGACUGUUCCAACCACUGACAUACUGAUUGGCGUUACAGUCCUGGACACUGCCAGACCUGUGAGUUUGCCUUGGGAAUUAUCAAAUAAGCUAUGAGAAAGCUAAAGUUGGCUUACCAUGAAAGGCUUCAACUAGAAAAGAGAGUAUGAGUAAAAAAUGAAUUUCAGUGGAACUGGGUUCUAGGAAAAAGACAGGUUGGUCUUCUCCAGAGCAUGCUAGAGCCAGCUACUUUGAAAUAUUUUAAAAUCACAGUCAAUAGUUAUUGUUGGAAUGAUUAUAGGAUAUCUUAUUUAUGAUUGCAAUAUGAUCAAAUAGCCCUUAACUGAAUAUAUAGGUUUUUUGUGAAAAGUAAGUUCCAGUCAGUUUUACAUGGCCAUGCCUGAGUGGGCAAAUGGCAUGUUCAGGGUGCAAUUAGUUAAAUUACAAACAACCUUAAAUUUCAUGAGCAAAGUAAAAUUUCUAAAUGUUGCAAUAAUUUGUAGCUAAUAUUUGCUGAUAUUGAGGUUCUCUGACAUCCUAUCUCUAAGAAUGGGGUAAAUGAAGCCAGAGGUAUUUCUUUCUGGAUGUCAGCGGGCUUCUGGGGCCUCCAUGUCUGCCCAAGGAGACCUUGAAGAAGUCAGAUGAUCCUCUAAGCCCCCUGUGUCAGAAGAGCCCCUGGUCAGGCCAGCGGGGGCUAAGUUGUCAUGAACAGGUGAAGGGUUCCAGAAUGAGCUACUCGAAAAGAUACCACACAGCCUGAGAUUAUUUGAGCUAAAGAGAGUUGAGAAAAACAUUUAAUGAAAGCUCCCUCUUCUCCUCCUCUUAGCCUAAAGGCAGGACUUAAAUAUGUAAAGGUGUAUACCUCUUUGAAUCUCUAGCAAGGACAGAAAUUAAUUCCCAAAGACUCCUAUCUUAGUGUAAAUGCCAGAGAAAGCACCACAACAAAUCUUGUAAGAACCAGCCUUUCUGUGCCAUUAGGAUUUCCUAUAUAUUUGCCUUCCCACAAUUUGUCAUCCUGGAAAUUCAGUGUCUUUAUUUUUUGCCAUGCAAUUUAGCUAACAAUUUAUUGCUCUUUCAUUAAAAUGCUCUAAAAGUCCAAUUUCCAAUCACUCUUUUACAUUAAUUAUCUCUUUCUUAUUCCCCUAUGCACAUCUAAUGCACAUUUAAUAGUUCCUGUUUGCCUUUCUCUUGUGAAUGUGUCUUACAUUCAUCUAGUUUAUAGGACCCACUCAUUUAUUCUCUGACAACAGAACUCUAGCCCUCUAACACCUAUUGAAUAACUGAAAAGUUCACCUUUGUGCAGGACCCAGGAAGGUGCGAUAUGGUUAGCACUAAGUUCCCUUUUCCCUGGUCUUGUGAAAAUAGAAGGAAAAGUGUGAUGAAAGCAACACUAAAAGAACUAUUCAAGAAACAAGGCUUUGGCAGAAUUCCUGCUGCUGCCUGGUUGUGUUCCCUGCACCCUUUGCCUGCAGUCAUUGGAGCAAUGGUGUCAACUGGACGCUGCCAUUCCUUGUUCCUUGUAGGGUGGCCAGUCAGAUGCUGCUUGUUUGCAAAAGCUUCAACCUAAAUGCUGAUAAUCGCAUGCUCGUGCUACCAACCACCCAGAUAUCACGUAUCUCAACUGUCCAUCCUGGGGUGUGGGCAACUCCUGACUGGUUCCUUGAGGUCCACAGCCCACGUUGAUACUCUAGAGCAUUUUACGCUCAUUUUAAUUAAAAACCAACAAAAAGGCCCACAGCCACCAGCACCAUGAGAGAUCUGACCACACACUUAUUAGAGAAGACAAGAGUGGGCAUCUGAUACCUAGAAAUCUCUGCUUCUGUUAACAACUCUUGAGAGCAACUUCCACACCAUAUUCCAGUAAAAACAGACACCGCAGGCCUGCUAGGUAGGCGGUCCUUUAGAGCAGCAGCUCCCCUUCUCUAUUCAUGAGCUAGUGAAUAGAAUUUCCUGCUUGCUCCCAGAGCUGUUGGCUCAUUUGCUGAGGGUGAGGAGUAGGCAAGAAAGCUGCUACUUAGUAAACAGGAGAGUUACACUGUGCCCUCUGUCCAGCGGCUUCAGACUGGCAUUGAGAGGGUAGAGGACUCUUGUUCUGUGAAAGGCUGUCUUCUGUUUAUCUAUUAUUUUCUUUAUUUUAUAUUAGACACAUAUCCUAUGUUCCUUGUCAACAUUUAGUAGUCUAUAAGAGCUCCCACUUUUCCUGCCUGGUGACAGUGACUCACAGUAUCUGAACCUGUGUGAUCUGAGUUUCGAUUCACUGGGCUACAGCAAGGUACAGGAAGAAAAAUAGGACCUGUUUGUCCACCACCAUAUUUGAAGGAUUAUGGGUUAAGUUUGUCCCUUACUCUAAAAAAGUAAGAACUUGAUUUUAGAUAUGAGGAAGAAGUGUUGUCACUCAUGUGUGGAACUUGCCCCAAACCAGAGGAUCAGAACCCAUGCAGCUCCUUGAGUUGUCUGGAGAGCACUUCUGUGACAUACUGAAGCCUAGCCUGCUCCAAAACAAUUAAAAGGGACUUGGGUGAGCAGUGAAGUAGUAGGGUACUGAUGUCCUGCAGCUCUGGAGUGAUGGUGAGGGGCUUGACCCAGGCUGUCACCAGGGGUCAGUACCUUGGUCUUGCUCAGGGCCUCCCCUACUCCAGGUGAGCCCCAAGACUGACCUCAGCCUGUCCCAUGCUCCCUGUCCUUAUGGGGUCCUGCAUGUCUUCAAGGCCUCAUGAACAGUGGGCUGCCCCUUGGACUGGAUCAAGCCUCAGGUUUCAGGACCUGACAUGAGGAGGCAGCAGGACUUCAGAAGUCUCCAGCUUGAGCAGGUUGGGAUGUGGGACUCUUGGGGCCUCCUGAACUGUGGUCUCCCCUUCCGUAUGGGUUCCUCUGCCCAGGGAGGACCCAGUACAGCACUGAGUUUGGUCUGCAUGGAGGGUGACUCUCAAAGGAGAAUGCAGGUGUUUAAAAUACUCUUUCCUUGCCAUUGUCACACAUGAGAGACAACAGGUUAAGGUUCUGAAAGAACAAUGUCAUGAAUAAGAGUAUAUUUCUUGCAAACCUGUUCACCAGUUUGUCUCUUCUAAUAACUCUUUCUCUUUUGUUCUUUUUCCCCGUUCGACCUUUGGGUGGUUUCUGGCGGUGCACAGCGCAAAAAGAGGGUGCCCAAACAGAGGAUUCCUGGAGUUCCUGCAGAAAGUCCCAUGACAUGAAGGAUGGGAGGGAAGGACACCACCUGAAUCCCACUGUGGGACUCUGGGGGCAGCGAAGGGUUUUCCCAGACCCCAGCGCUGGACAGUAUGACAGUCUGGAGCCGUACAAGCGCCAAAAGGUCCUGCCUGCUACCCCAGCCCUGCCCUGCUCAGACCACAUUGAGCCCUAAACCAGCCCUGUCCAUCUCUGUGGUCAUCUAGGCCCUUCACCCACAUACUGCUUGCUUCUUAUAUUUACAGAGAGACCGGUUGGCCUUGGUGAUCCUGACUCCUUCCCUGAUGGGUCUCUGUGAGAGGCUGAGGCCAGGCUAGUGACUUAUAGGGACAGGAUCUUCCCUUGGAAGAGUCUAACAAGGUGCUAGCCUAACUAGGUGGCCAGCAACGUUGAACAUUUUUCACAUAUUUAUUGGCCAUUUAUACUUCUUCUGAGAACUGUCUAUUUGUU